AUGGCACAAGAAAAUAAAAAAGAUCUUGAUCUCGUUAUUUUCGGUGCUACUGGUUUCACCGGCCAAUUUGUGGUUGAACAAAUUUGCCAAACCGCAGAACAAUUACCUGGACUUAAGUGGGGGAUAUCUGGGCGUUCGAGAGCGCGUCUUAUUGAAGUUUCUACUAUCGUUAACAAUUCGAGUGGUAACAAUGUUUCUAAACCAGAAAUCCUAGUUGCUGACGUUGAGAACCCAGAAACUUUAAACACAGUAGCACGAAGAACAAAAGUGCUAAUUAAUUGCGUAGGUCCAUUUCGAUUCUAUGGUGAGCCGGUGGUCAGAGCUUGCGUAGAAAAUUCCUGUGAUUAUAUAGAUAUUUCUGGGGAGCCGGAUUUUAUUGAAAGAAUGCAAUUGACAUAUGAUCAAGCCGCAAAAACCAAUAACAUAACCGUUGUUCCAGCUUGUGGAUAUGAUAGUGUGCCUGCAGAUCUAGGAAUCUUGUAUACAAAACAACAAUUACAAUUGCGAAAUGCGGUUCCUUCACAAGUUGAAAUGAUUUCAAGUUUUAAAGGUGGUAAAGCUGGAAUUGUCCUCAAUUAUGGAACCUAUUCAACUUUAGUACACGGCAUCUCUAAUUUUGAUAGCCUCAGGGAAUUACGAAAGAACGCUAAUCGCACUAUGCCUACAUUUGUUGGUCCACCCAUGAAGAGAAGUCCAAAUGGAAAAUGGGAUAAUCGUGUUAAGGCAUAUACAGUUCGUUCCUCCCUAUCAGAUUAUUCUGUUAUUCAGUUAAGUCAACUACUUGAUAUUGAACAUCACACAGGAGUGCCAUCUGCUCAAAUUUCAGCAUAUCUUGCAUUUCCCAAAUAUCGAUAUUUAUUAAUGUUUUACGUUGGAGGUGCAUUAGUAAACUUUCUAGCAAAGUAUUCAUGGGGAAAGUUCUUACUAUUGAAAUACCCUAGAUUCUUUAGCUUUGGUCUUUUUUCACAUGACGGGCCUACACUUGAACAAAUUCAGCAAACCAGCUUUUAUCAUAUAUUCUACGCAAGAGGAAUUUCGAAGUCCCGCAUAUAUGUUGAUGAGAAUUCGGAAUCUUCUAAACAUAGCCUUGAUUCAGAGUCACCUCUUAUUAGUAGCAGUAAUGAUCAAAAGUCAACGCACGAUUUACAACCAGAUGUUGAAAUUGUUACUGAAAUUACUGGGCCUGAACCUGGAUAUUCCGCAACAUCUAUUAUGCUAGUUCAAUGUGCUUACACAUUGUUAAGAGAAAAGACUAUAAUACCUAAAGGAGUUUUAACCCCGGCAGUUUCUUUUGGCAAAACUUCAUUAUUUCAAAAGAUAUCGGAGCGUGGAAUUACUUUUCGAGUUCUUGAAGGCCAUUUUGAUAUUUGA